AUGGACGACAAGCACGAGCGUCGUGAGGCACGAACGCGAGGUGCAGGAAAUAAAUACUCUGUUGAUGACUUUAGUAUCAAGUCUCCAGAGAAGUCGGAACAGUCUCCCUUGGCUUCCCCAGAGCUUCCUAGGAAACGCAAACAACAGUUGCCAGUCCAGGGCAAAAUUGACCAUGACGUUCCUACCAUCAGCCCGCCGGAUUCAAAGCGAACCAAACUACUAGAGUCUUUGGACUCGGCUCUAAUAAAGCCUGAAGAUACUGAUCUACCCAAGCUUAGAAGACAUUCACAAACAUCAAGUACGAAAGCACAGGCACGCAAGAACUACCAGGCUGCUAGAGAUAGACGGAAGCUGAUGUUCAGUUCGGACGACGAAGAUGAAGAGAAGGAAUUCUCGCCAACGCCAAUGCUAGACUUUAAUGCUUCCCAAACACCAGACUAUGAGGAGGAGACUAAAGCUACGGUCAAGGCUGAACCGGAGAGCCCGCAGCUACAACAGGAGGAGAGUGUUGAGCCAGUGAAAAGAAGACGAGGCAGGCCUCGUAAGGGCGAACAAGAGAAGAAGCUGAUGACCGUUACCAGAAGGUCUAAGCGUAUUGUUGAGAACCCAGAUCUUCGGAAGCACCAUACCCCUGAGCCCGCCAUUCUGCUAAUACCCAAACCACUUCGUGCGUUAGGACUUGGGCUACAGACAUUUUCAAGCGAAACGAAGCCGGAACCUACCGCUAAUCUGAUUACAAAACUGGCCCUGGGUCGCCAGAAGCCCUUGACUGUGGACGCUGAGCGUCUACAUACUGCCAGCUCAAGGGAUAAACGUUUCACGCUCACCACGCUUGAUGUUCUUCGGCAGCUCAUUGAUGAAACGAGCCCAAAGGCAGUGAAGAAUGAAAUCAUCAACGAAUCCGCCGUGUUGUACGAGUUCAAAGCUCAUUUACUCUACAGUAUCAGUCACCUAAUGGACAUACAUGCUGCUACCAAGGAUAUCAGCCAUGAUGUGAUGGAGGUGCAACGACAGAAAACAGAGAUGAGGAAGAAUAUUCUUGAGCUCAAGAAAGAACAUGCUAAUGUUGGAGAACAACUUAAUAGACUACGAAACGAGCAUAAUUUGCAUAAGGAGAAGCAAGCUCAGUUCAAUAAUACUGUUGAUGCGCUUGCAGCCUUGAAAGAAGCUACAGGCAAUCCAGAGGCGUUCCAAGGAAAUACCAGUCUCAGUGAUACCGUCAUGCUAAAGCUUGCAGAUGUAUCUCGAGUAUAUCAUCCGCAGCUGGGGCUUCAGCAGCAACUACAGAUCAUAAAUGACGAGCUAGCGAAAAAGCUCGAAAGCAGAACAUAG